AUGUCAAAGGGGAAAAAAAAUUUGGGUUGUUGUUUCGGAUUUUCUAUUGCUGCCGGGCCAGUGGACAAGGCCUGUCCAUAUAAGCCAGCAGAUCUAAUAUUCCUACUUGAUGGUUCAGGGAGCGAGGGAGCGGCAAACUUCAAACGUCAGCUCCAGUUUGUCUCAAACUUCACAAAACAGUUUGAGAUAGGGUCUAACAACACACGUGUGGCUCUUACAUCUUUCGGGACUACUGUACAUAAUGAAUUCUUCCUGAACCAGUAUACAGACAAUGCUAGCGUCCUUAAUCAUAUCAACAAUGCCAAGUAUCCAGAUGGUGAAACUAACACUCAUCUAGCACUCCAGUUUGUUCGAACCCAAACCUUAUCAAGGGCACACCAAGGUGACAGGAAUGCCAGUAGAAUAAUUAUUGUAUUAACUGACGGAGAAUCUCUCGAGCCGGAGAAAACAAAGGCUGAAGCUGCUCUGCUCAAGCGAGAUCCGAAGGUAACAAUAAUAGCUAUUGGUAUAGGUAGUCAUGUUGACCAGAGAGAGCUGUCUAACAUAGCAAGCGAUGGCAACCAUACGUUUAGAGUGGCAUCAUUCGAGGCACUUAAUACUAUAGAACACGAUCUUACGACGGAAACAUGCAAUGCCUGCAAUGAUAUGUCAGACAUUUGCUUUGUAUUGGACUCAUCAGGGAGUGAAGGCGCCAUAAAUUUUCAUCGUCAGUUAGAGUUUGUAAAUAUGAUUGUGAACGAAUUCUCAUUUGAUGGAACAUCACAUACGCAGGUGUGUGUUGUAACAUUCUCUACAGGGAGUACGACAGAAAUGCAUAUGGGAAGAUACCACACAUCAGAAGAAAUAAUUCAAAAUGUCCUUAAAAUUCCAUACAGAGACGGUGAAACUAGAACAGAUCUUGGUAUAAAUUCAGCCAAACAGGAACUGACGCAUACCCGUUCAGCAAGACGUGAUGCCAAUAAGGUAAUGAUCGUGUUGACAGACGGUAGGUCCACUGAGCCAGAUCUGACCAGAAAUAGCGCCGUCACCGCACACAGAGCCGGUAUUGAGAUAUUCACAGUUGCUAUUGGAUCAAACAUCGACACUCAUGAAAUGUCUACUAUAGCCUCCGACCAUGACCACACAUUUAAAGUAAAACAUUUCGACGAACUCGCCAGCAUUCACCAGGAUAUAGUUAACUCAAUUUGUGCAAAGAGUCUUUUACGGACGACAACUUCUACAACAACUACAACAACAACCACAGCAUUACCCUCAACAACUACCAAAGCAGCUUGUGGACUGAAGCCGGCAGACAUCGUCUUCGUUCUAGACUCAUCGGACAGUGAAGGUGCCGACAACUUCAAAACUGAGGUGGAGUUUGUUUACAAUUUUGCGGCCCAGUUUUCCAUCGGUACGAACAAUGUCCAGUUUAGCGUAGUCACCUAUUCUUCAGAUGUCCGUAACGACUUCUUCUUUAACAAAUAUAAUUCCAGAAACGAGGUUCUUCACGCAAUCCGUAAUAUCCAAUAUAUUGGGCAAGGAACAAACACAUCCGGGGCGUUGAAUUUUGUGCGCACGCAGAGUCUACUUCCGGCAAAUGGAGAGAGGACAAACUCGUCGAAAUUUGUUAUAGUGAUAACUGACGGUCGGUCUGACAACCAAGACGAAACAAAGAAAGAAGCCCAUUUACUGCAUGCUAAAGCAGAGGUUAUAUCCAUUGGCAUUGGACCAGGUGUUGAUAACACAGAACUUGCUAAUAUCGCAUCAAAUCACCGUGUAGUGACAGUUAAUAGUUUCGCUCUGCUCAAAACAAUCAAGAAACAGCUUACAGAUUUAGCAUGCGAAUCAGGUUGAUAAUUCAAAAGAUUUACAAAAUGUAUGCUAUGAAAUAAAUUAUUUGUAUAACCGGG